AUGAACUCAAAAGCAAAACUCUACCUCAUACCUGUUCCCCUUGCCGAUAUUGAGCAUUCUCAAUGCCUACCUGAAUACAAUAAGGCGGUAAUUCUUACGCUUAAAUACUUCAUCGUUGAAAAUGUUCGUUCGGCAAGACGAUUCCUCAAGGCUGUAGACAGGACUAUAGAUAUUGAUAGCCUGAACUUCGUAGAGCUAAACAAGCAUUCUAACCCCAAGCUAAUAACGAGUUAUUUAGAUCCUAUGAAGGAAGGACAUAGCAUCGGUAUCAUAAGUGAAGCUGGUUGUCCUGCAGUAGCUGAUCCAGGUAGUGAUGUCGUAGCUAUAGCUCAGAGAAAAGGAUUUGAAGUCUGCCCCCUAAUUGGACCUUCAUCUAUCCUGCUUGCUCUAAUGGGUUCAGGCUUCAAUGGUCAGGGCUUUAGCUUCAAUGGUUAUUUACCUAUUCAGGAUAGUGAUAGGAGUAAGACCUUAAAAGACCUUGAGGCAAAGGCUCUAAGAGGACAGACUCAAAUCUUCAUUGAGACGCCCUACCGUAAUGACAAACUUCUACAAGAGCUGAUUAAGCAGUGCAAAAGCUCUACCCUACUCUGUAUUGCCUCAAACCUAACUGCUCCUGACUGCCUCAUACAGACCAAGACGCUCAGUCAGUGGGCCAAGAACCUGCCCAACCUACACAAACGUCCAACGAUCUUCCUCCUAGGACAAUACUCCUAA